AUGAAGGUUAAGCUCGCAACACAAUUAUUUAGCAGUUCCGUGGCAGAUGCCCUUGAAUUUUGCCGCAACCAAUUAAAAUUAAAAAGAUUUGAAGACUGCAGUGGAACUGUAAAUUUUAUAAACAUAAUGAACCACGUAUUUGAUGUGCUCAAUAGCCACUCUAUUCGUCCACCUGGUUGGAAAAAAGCUAUGUGCCCUCAAAACAUUGGCUUUAUAAGAGCGCUGUUUGAAAGUACUAUUGAGUAUCUAAAGAGUUUGAAACUUAUUACGGGAGAGCUCUUAGUAGAGUCACGGCGAAAGACCGGAUUUAUUGGUUUGAUAAUAAAUUAUGAGCACUUGGUAGAGGAUAAACAAAUACUUAAAUUCGUCCCACUGUACAAAAUUAGCCAGGACCAUCUGGAAUUAUUUUUCUCAGCUAUUAGAGCUAGAGGUGGCUUUAACAAUAACCCUAAUGCUGUACAAUUUCGCGCAGCAUACAAAAAACUUCUAAUAAGAGGUGAUAUAAGAGGUCGCGGAAUUGGUAACUGCAUUACUCUGGAGCAGAUAAAUAUACUCACAUGCUCAAGCAAGAACCCAGUUAAUGCAAUAAAUGAACUAUCGCAACAAACUGACUUCGUCGAAAUACCUGAAGAUGAUAGUGAUCUCUACAAUACAUACAUGGAGUAUUUAGAAAGUACGGACCUAGACGAAUACACACAAAGGGUGUUAGAAUAUAUUGCAGGUUUCGUGACGCGGAAGUUGUCUCAAACGAUAAAAUGUGUCACCUGUGUAUCACUAAUGUUAGGGGAUGAAAAUCCAGACAGCUUGAUUUACCAGAAGUCCCGUGGUGGUCUUCAGUUUGCGUCUGUUGCAGUAGUGGACAUUAUAAAUAAAACCGAAAAAUUGAUAAAACCCGACCUCACGACCCAAAAGAAGCCAGAAAAUUAUUAUUUAUAUACUAGCUGA